ACGUGUACAUACAACCCGCGCACACGUACGCCAUGCUACCCAGAAGCAUACAAAAACAAGCAGAAACCAGGCAGAGAAAACCAAGAACCGAGAGAAAGGGGGCUGACGGCAGCGCGGUGGGGAACAAAAAUACAAAAAAAAAGUGUAUAUAAAUUACAAUCUGUGAUUCUGUAUAUAUCGUCAAACAACAUGCAUCUAUAUCAUCAAACAACACCGUAUAUAUAUAUAUAUACAUCAUCCCGCCUCCUGAAGAGUGGGUGAAACUCCGACGAUACAGUUUGUCACAGCCCCUCAUUUGUUGUCCUCUUCUCCCUCUCUGCCUACGGUAAACCGGGCAGCUCUGUUUGGCUAUACAUAUACAUCAUACAUACAUCUAUUCCUUCCUCCAGCAGGCAAAGUCCAAUUUUUUUUUUUCAUUUCACUUUUUAUAUUCUUUCUUUUGUGCCCCACCUCUUUUUCCCAUGGACUCGCUGCCUUUUUUUUUUUUUUUUGGCUCAUAUUCACCUUCGAUCAAACGGGCCGCCUUUCCUAUUUCGGAAAUACUCAUCUUCUAUAAACUCACUCAUUUCCCUGACCUUCUCUCCAACCGCCUCCUUCCUCUCCUGCCCCUUUCUCAACAUCUCCUCCACGGCUCUCGACGAUCGAAUCGCAAACCGUUGAAAGGAGGGAUUGUUAGCAAGCUUAUCCACUAUGAGUACGUUUGCCACAUACGACAGAACUCGAUGUAGAAACCCCCCCCCGACGGCCAUGACAGCCUGAAACUGGUAGUGUUUGUGGACAAGCACGGCGAUGGCAAUGGAAACGAAGAUGACGAAGACCGACAGCAAGACGCGAAGAAGACCAGACCAAGAUGACGAACAACAGGACAAGGAUGAGGGAGAAGGAGAAGGAGAAGGAGAGGAAGAAGAAGAGGAGAAAGAACUUUUACCCCUUAUUUUCUUUUCUUCUAAAGGACAAAUGACGAAGAAGCACAAGAUGACAGAAGACGAAGAAGAGGAAGAAGAAGAAGAAGAAGAAGAAGAAGAAGAAGAAGAAGACGAAGAAGAAGAAGAGGUCCAGACAGAGGCGGAGAAAAACUGACUGCCGAGCACCGAACUCCCUCCUAGACCUCUCUCUCUCUCUCUCUCUCUCUCUCUCUCUCUCUCUCUGUGUGUGUGUGUGUGUGUGUGUGUGUGUGUGUGUGUGUGUGUGUGUAACUCGCUCGCUGCGUCUCUAUGCGAAUUAGGCGCGAAGUU